CCCUCAGUUGAAGACGAGAGGGGGUUCAGUGAACUUGACAAGCUGAAGGGACCUUAAGAGGACAUACUCUGGCAAAUGUUUCACCUUGUGGGAUGAGCUGAUGACUAAUUCUUAGCCUUCACAAAGAUGGAAGAAGUUGUCUCAAGUUUUGAAUCAGUGAAGUCUGAGUCUGGCUCGAGGUGUGAGCUGUUGAUUCUGCACACCACCGAGGCACAGGAAUGGGCGACAUAUUUGCAGAGGAUCUUGAAAUCCUCCCAUAAAUUCCCCAAGAGGUCUAUUUUGUUGUACGCGGUCGGCCUGGCUGAUCAGCUCCACGGAUACAACUUUGAGUAUUUCCACAGCAGCAAAUGCAUCGUGCUGCUGCUCACCGGGGCGUUCCUGGACAUCCUGGGCGACCCUGAGCUGCGGGAUGCGCUGCAGAGACUCCUUCAUCCGCCGCACAGAGUGGUGGUGCUGUUGUGUGGUUUGUCAGAGGAUGAUGUGCAACCCGGGAUCUUUGAACACUGGACGAGCUGGAGAAAAGUCUACGCUGACGACGAGCCUGCCGUCUACAUCGCCACCAUUCUGGAGUCCAUCGCUGAAAGCAAACGGGCGGAAGCUCAACAUGAGAGUGAAGCUGCAGCCGACGCAGACAGUCAGAUCCUUCCAGCCACCUCAGCGGACGAUCCCGUGUCUGAGGAGACGGAAUCGGUGGGAGAAACAGAAACUGCCCUGCAACACAAUGAAAACGAGAGCACGGAGAGUUCAACAGGCGAGGAAAUGAGAUCAGCCACACACCUCGCCUGUCUCACCGUUCAGCCAAACAGAGUCCUGUGCGGGAAACGAGAGACCAUUUUCAUCAUCUUUACGCAAAAACUGGACAGUCAGUCAGCGCUUGAGGUGGAGUUUUCCUGUAAAAAUGUAGAUGCAAAACAGGUCCCAGCGACUUUAGAGAAUGAAUACACUGUAAGUGUGGCUGCACCCGACAUGCCUGCUGGAGUGGUCUCGCUCACUAUGCACAUUGACCAGUUUUGUGUGGGCUUGAAACCGGUGAAGUACUACACAAACAUGGGAGAAGUCAACUGGUAUCUCGAAAACGCCACCGACCCCAUGGAAUUCGUCUGCCAGGCGUUCAACAUCACAUCCAAUAAAACGGAAUCACUGGACGACAUGCUAACUGACUCGAUAAAAUCCAAAACACCUGCAAGUGGGCUUCAGCUGUUUGGGAUCAAACAGAUUGAAGAAGACAACAUGGCAGCAUACCAGCGUGACGAGGAGCUUCCCACACUGCUCCACUUCGCUGCCAAGUAUGGCCUGAAGAAGCUGACCACCGUCCUCCUCCAGUGUCCCGGGGCUCUGCAGGCUUACAGCGUGAUGAACAAGUAUGGCGACUACCCAAACACCCUGGCAGAGAGGAGUGGCUUCUCAGAUCUCAGGCAGUUCAUGGAUGACUUUGUUGAGACAGCGGACAUGCUCAAGUCUCACAUCCAAGAUUCAAUCAGCCCAGAGGAAGGCGGGGAGGUGUACGAGAUGAUGUCAGCUACGUCUCAGGACAUCAUGAUGAAGUACUCCACCUGCACAGAGGACAUCUAUGAGUCAAUGCUGGGCAUAGACCCCGAAUGUGCAGAGGACCUGUAUGAGGUGAUGAACGCAGCAGGGGAGCAUCAAAAUCCAGAGGAAGUUAUGCUUAGAAAGUUCUUCCAAGCCAAACCCGAGCCGGGUCCAGAUCACGGGAACAAAGAACACCUGAAAAUCGAGGAAGGGGAGGAAUACGGCCAGGACGACCCAGAGAAACAUCUGGACGAGGAAGAGGAGGACCCGUACAACCUCCUCCCGGAGGAUAUUUACGAUACCGUGGACAAAAGUUUAACUUACGCGCCAGAAAUCUUCAACCGUCCACCAGCCCCGAUUCCCAGGCCUCAAGUCUCUGAACCCACAGAGCCCAAGACCUACAUCUCCAGAGUAUUUACAGAGAAAGUUUCACCCCAGAAUAAACCACAGGAAAGAGCCACCUCUCCAGUUUAUGACCCUUACGGUGGGAUGAAGACCCCCGGCCAGAGGCAGCUCAUAGCCCUGCAGGAGAGGGUGAAAGUGGGAGCGAUCAGCGUGGACGAGGCCGUGCAGGAGUUCAAGGCCUGGCAGUUUGACCACGAGCGGAGGGCAAACUCCCUGCGCUAUCAGCAGGAAAAUCUGAGGAAACUACGAGAAAGCAUCACCAGGCGUCACAAAAUAAGGGAGAAAAGUGGAAAAGAGAUUGAUUAUGAAAUUAGCGCCCCGCUGCAGAGGAACUGUUUCUGGAGCUCAGAGAUGACGCUGGAGUGUGCCGUGUAUGAGCCGGCGCCCCGGGUGGUGGCCCCGCCCCCCCCUCCAGUGGCUCGUCCCAUCCAGAGAGGCAGCUGGAAGACGGGCAGCACCUCGAGUACAUCCAGUACUGAGAGCAACAGGCUGAGCACAUUCAGCUGCAGCAGCGGGACCGAGCCUGACUUUGAGGACACGCUGGACAGCCUCCCUCCGCCUGCACGACCUCCGCGGCCCUCCGAGCCUCUGCCUCUCAUCCCCCCACCCAGGAUCCCUCCACGGAUCCCAGAGAGGGUGCCAGAGAUGCUGGAGGAGCGGUACAUCUCCUGCCCGACCCGAGCGCUCCCUCAAAGGCCCAUUCACAGAGGCAGCUCGCCGCCACCCAUACCCCGCCGCACGCGCUGAUCCACACAUGUUGACUUUUGGCUGUGAUUGUCUUCUCCGCCGGGCUGCCAUGACUUGACGUCUGGCUUGUUUUUGUUUUUCGAUGGAGGAGGGCUUACGGACGUGCCGGGGAGCACAAACGUGUCUUUCUGUGAGUGUUACCACCAGGACUCGACAAACUGAAUCCCGGCCAAGGCGCUGGCAGAGGUGUGCCUGCUGGAGAUUGUGUUUCUGUCUCACGCUGUGACCGUACAAGGGAGAACAGCAGCACUGGGCCACUUCUGUUUCCUUUUUAUAGAUUAUAGAUUUUAGCAUUCACGGCUUCCCCAAACAAACCUUACUGUACCAUUCCCAUAAGAAGGCCUAAAUGUGUCAUAGUGUGUGUGUGUGUGUGUGUGUGUGUGUGUGUGUGUGGUACUGAAUAUGUAGUGACCUUUUUGUACUUUAUGACAGACUUUUUUUGUGAAUUUGACAUUUCUGUGCUGUGUUUUUGUCACAUAUAAAUAGCAUUAUACUUUAAAGCUUUCCUCUCACAGUUGUAUUCUGUCUCUCUAAAAUUCAUAGGAUACUUCAAAAUGAGUCAGGGGUUAUGAAAUUGUGUCCUGUGUUGUGAAAGUCAUGCUGUGUCCAGUGAGGACUCCAUAAAUAUGAACCACCCUGAUGAAAAGUCCCUAGGGAGCAGUGAAUUAUGCAUUAUAGUAUUUUUUUUAUUCUGCAUGACAUUGCCAUAAUGUACCGACAGGGUGGUAUUUGUUUAGUGUUGUUCUUAUAUGGGUUUACAAAUGGCUCCCUUAAGGGUAGCCAAAUAAACGAGUUUCAGCCCACAUCAGUAGACCCUGAAGACAGAUACCGCGCAAUUUCAUGCUUAAUGAAGUUGAAAUAUUUUGUGAAAAUGUCAUGAGAAUAUCUUACUUUUAUUACCUUGAACUUGUGAUGACUGUUUUGUCUCUGGAGAGUUUAGUUUUGCUCCCUGGUGCAGUUUCAGGUUUGGUCACUGGAUGGUGCUCCAUUUAUAUGAACCCGUUACAGUAGGAGCACUCCUGCAAACUUUUUUUUUUUUUUUUUUUUUUUGCUACUGUAUCUAGGUUGUUGUUGUAGUUUUUUCCAUGUUGCAUCUUUUCUUAUCAAGCAUGCGAGGGAUGCUGUUUAAUCAAAUGGUGAGUGACUUGGCUGUAAUGAAUAAAAAUGAGCCCUGGCUGCUGAAAUUAACCUCUCCUCUGUGGAGGGGGAGAGGCAGAUGUACAGGCAGAGUGAGGAGGGAGUCAAGACAGCCUCGAGAACAGGACUUCU